AUGCAUCCUGACGGUAAGGACGUCACCACCCCAACGGACGACGCUCCCAGCAAGAGUGACGUCAUCAAGUCUGAUGACGUCACAACCGAGGAGGCGCCGACGGGCGGCGACCUGAACAAAACCGAUUUCAGUGAAAUAAACAUUAAUCUGGACGCGCUGAAGGCGGUGCUGAGCAGAAUGGACUGCAGGGAGAUGUUCCGCGCCAGGCGAGUCUGUCGGAGCUGGCGAUCCGCCGUCGACGGCAUCCUCGACGACUGUCGGCGGGAGAUCGCCGACCGGUCAGCUCGGGGGUUUAGCACUCCAACAAUGACAAGUCUGCAGCUGGUGGUAAGGGUAAAGGACCAGCCGGAUAUGACCUCGCUGAAGGCGCCGAUCGCUGAGACAUACACAGACAUCCGACUGGUCGCGGACAGUUGCCACGCCCUCCAGACAGCCGACCUGCGCGGGUUCAAGCUGAGAGUCUCUGCCUUGCGCCGGCUGGCGCGUGCCAACGCCUCCAGUCUGCGUGAGCUGACACUUCCAGCCGGCAUCGGUGACUGCCAGCUGGAGGCGCUGCUGGAGCCGCUGGAGGCUCUGGGGCGGCUCUAUGUGAGCCCACCCGUGGACAGCACCGGCGAGUGGCUGCGACUGCUGCCCAAGUCGCUGAAGACACUGGAAAUCACUGGGUCGGGAAUGACUCGGUCACCAGUGAGCUUCUAUGAAUAUUUUUAUAGUAAACUGAGUGUCGGAGUACAGCUAGCAACCGACAAACUGCUGGACCAGCUGAGCGUUCUGUCGAACCGACAACCCGAUUACCAAGUUACCCAUCUGGUCAUACUUGAGUCACCGUCCGUGACACCGGGAGCACUGGCACGUCUUCUGGCUUCAUUCACCAGCUUGAAGUGGGUCAAACUUGGCGUGGUCGGCGCCACUUUGGAAACCACGCUGGCCGCCCUCCACGGCUGCUCUGGGUUGGAGGUCCUGUAUCUCACAGACCCGCGGCCCCUCACGGACAUCCCUGCCCUGACCGAGUCAGAGGUGGCAGCGGUCAGCAGGAUGGCAGUGACCUGCAGGAAACUGGAGGAACUGUGCCUAACCUCCUCAGCAGUAAACUGCCAGGCCGUCCUGACCGCCCUGCUGAAGACAUACCUGGGCCGUACCAUCGGUCUCUACGUCCCCAGGGCUGUAGGGAGAGAGUUUAGGGAGCCGCCCGAAGGCUAUAACGUCUACGUGCGGUACUUCAACUAAACCCCCAUCUGGCCGCGCCUCGCCGACAGCCCACAGCUGUCGCCGACAGGUGGUGGUGUCACAUUCCGGCAACAGAUGGCAGCACCGUCUCCUGUCUGCAGCGACACACUUUGAGUCGUCCCGCCUAGCCUGAAACACGGCCAUUUUACCGCUGCAUUGAGACCAGAAAACCCCACGGAAAGGGCAUACCAUAGAUAGUGGUUAUGUGACACAUUCCAACACAGAGGUUUGUGGUUUUGUACGUUCUAGCGCGGUGUUUUGUGUCGCUAUUGUAGGUCCCCGGUCCGGGUUAUCUAGAGCACACAUGUAGCUUACGUUGAUAGUUCUGCGUUAUAUGACCAGCUUGUUCACUAAUCGAGACAAUUCCACGGCCCGGAUUUCCGUCCAGCGAUCGGAGAGCCUUUGUGAUCGUGACGUCACGUGUACUGCCGUUGUUUAGCUGAGUCGUGACUCACAGUGACUCUGUUUGGUGGUGAGUCACGACCGAGUGUGAAAUACACGGCUGUUAAUCACG